AUGUCGGCCGACUUUUGGGCCGGCUACCUCAGCGGUGCUAUAGGCAUCAUCAUUGGCAAUCCCCUUGACAUCGUCAAGGUCCGUCUACAGGCCGCCUCGAAUCGGGCGCCUCCACUGCCCGCGUCGCUAUCACCGUCCCCCUCGUCCCCUUUGCUUUCGACCGCAUCUCCGAAUCUCUACUCGCGACUGCGUCCCACCGCCGCCCUCUCCACCGGUACCGCCGCGCCCAUACUCGGAUACGGAGCACUAAAUGCCGUCCUCUUCGUCUCGUACAACCGGUCCAAGCCUGCCAUCAACCGCCUCUUGUCGACGCGCGACAGUCUGUGGGCAACCUGGCUUGCCGGGGCCGUAGGAGGCCUGUCCACUUGGGUCGUCAGCGCACCGACAGAGCUCGUUAAAUGCCGUGCUCAGGUCUCUACACCGGAAGCCUCCAGCUGGGCUGUUAGUCGUCAGAUUUGGAGUACGGGGGGCAUUCGAGGCUUCUACUUCGGCGGCCUGGUCACAGCCCUGCGCGACAGCAUCGGCUACGGCUUUUACUUCUGGUCCUACGAGCUCACCACCCGCAACUGGCCAUCAUCACACAGCACCCCUAACGGCCCAUACCGGGUCCUCAUUUGCGGCGGCUUGGCCGGCAUCAUCACCUGGGCCAGCGUUUUCCCCCUCGAUGUAAUCAAGACACGUCUCCAGACCCAGCGCUGGGGCCCUGAAGGUUCGUCAUUGCUUCAUAUGAAACGCCUGGGCGCCAUGGCUGUUGCUCGGGAGGCGUUUAGUCAGGGCGGUUUCCCCAUCUUCUUCCGCGGCAUCGCUGUCUGCAGUAUCAGAGCCUUCAUCGUCAACGCCAUUCAGUGGGCUGUCUACGAGUGGACGAUGAAGGAGAUCAGUGGUGGUCACGAGCCACUCAUCAAUAAUACAGCUGUCGUGCUGGAAUGA